CAAACAUCCCUUCUGGUGAGAGUAAUAAUGUCAAAUAAGGAGGUGAAGGCAGCAUUAAAAAGUGCCAGAGAUGCAAUAAGAAAUAAAGAAUACAAAGAAGCCUUAAAACAUUGCAAGGCAGUGCUGAAACACGAGAAAAAUAACUACAAUGCCUGGGUGUUUAUUGGCCUGGCAGCUGCAGAGUUAGAGCAGCCUGAUCAGGCCCAAAGUGCUUACAAAAAAGCUGCUGAACUUGAACCUGGACAGCUAUUGGCAUGGCAGGGAUUAGCAAAUUUGUAUGAAAAAUCUAACCAAACAGGUGUUGUUGAAAACUUGUCCAAUGUUUACCAAAAGCUCUUGGAACUCUAUGAAAGUACUGACAAGCAGAAAUGGUGCGAAAUAUGUAGGAAACUUGUGGAACUCUAUCAGCAAGAAAAAAAACACCUCGAGGUGGCUCGCACAUGGCACAAAAUGAUAAAGAAAAAGCAAGAGGAAGGCGCAGAUAAUGCUGAGCUCCACCAGCUAUGGAAGAGGCUGAUCCAAUUACUGCCAGACAGUACACAGAAUCAAGAUAAUGAGACACAGCAGUUGCUUUUGACUGCAUUUGAACACGCAGUGAACUCUGUGGACGUGAUUCCCAGUGAAGUUCAUCAGAAGCUUUACAAAGACUUCAUUCAGUGCUUGUCAAAAUUUCCUCAUGAGACUGCUAGGCUGAAGAAGGCCUGUGAUGAUAUGAUGGUUUUGUAUCCUGCCAUGAGUUAUCCAUUAGAAGUGCUUUGUUUGCACUUUAUUCAGUCAGGCAGUUUCACUGAGGAGGCCCUGCAUUGUUGUUGCAGGCUUAUGGAGAUGGACUCAAGUAGCAGUCCAGGCCUUAUUGGUUUAGGUAUCAAAUCCCUCCAAGAGAAAAAAUAUGAAGAAGCUGUAAAGAGCCUAACUGAAGGUUUGAAGCAGACUAGCCGUUGUCAAGCAGCAUGGUAUUAUCUGGCAGAGGCGCAAAUGAAAAUGCAUAAAUACAAAGAAGCUGUUUUUUCCUCCAAUCAAGCUCUUAAGAUAUCAGGACAACUUGAUGAUUCUAGUAUCAAUCUGCAACAGAAAUAUCUUGUUCUUCGUUUGAAAGCAGAGGCUCUUAUUAAAAUAUCAGGCGCUGACACUGCCGAAGAAGCCAUUAAGACUCUUGAGCAGAUUUCAGAUAUAAAUAUUGACCCACUGCUUCAAGCUCUCAAAGGUCAGGCUUAUUUGAACAAAGGUUUGAUUGAUCAAGCUUCAAAGGUUGCACAACAACUUGUGUUGUCCCACCCUCACCUCGCAGAAGCCCAUGCGCUUGAGGGUUUGAUUCACUAUAACCAAAAGAAUUAUCAAGAGGCAGAGAAAAGUUUUCAAAGAGCUAUUGAAAGAAAAGCUGAAACUGGAGAGUACCAUCACUAUCUAGGACUCACUUACUGGUUCAUGGGUGAAGAAAUAAGGAAAGAUAAAACAAAAGCACUCACUCAGUUUCUGAAGGCUGCAAAGUUGGACAACUACAUGGGAAACAUCUUCUGCUAUUUAGGCCAUUACUAUAGAGAUGUAGCUGGAGAAAAAAGCAGAGCCCGUGGCUGCUAUAAAAAGGCUUUUGAACUUGAUGGAACUGAUGGAGUAGCCGGAGCAGCAGCUGUAGACUUAAGUGUGGAACUUGGAGACACGGAGACUGCUCUGGCAAUCUUGUCUGCAGUAACUGAAAGAGCAAGUGCUGGUACAGCAAAGUGGGCCUGGCUUCGUCGUGGACUUUACUACCUGAGAGCCGGUCAGCACUCUCAAGCAGUAGCUGACUUGCAGGCAGCUCUAAGGGCAGAUCCAAAGGACUCCAACUGUUGGGAGUCUCUAGGUGAGGCAUACCUGAGCAGAGGUGGCUAUACCACAGCACUGAAAUCCUUCACAAAGGCCAGUGAGCUGAAUCCCGAAUCUCUGUACAGUAUUUACAAGGCUGCAUCAAUUGAGCAGAUUCUAGGAAAAUAUAAAGACGCUAUAGCAGAAUACCAACAAAUCUUAAAGAAGUCAAAAGAAUAUGUACCUGCACUCAAAGGCCUGGGUGAGUGCUAUCUCAUGAUGGCACGGGCUACACUUGCAGACUACCUUGAUGGGAAAGUUCUAGAUUACAUAGAACAAGCACUUGAAUAUUUUACACGCGCAACAAAGCAUCGUCCUGAUGUAUCUUGCCUUUGGAAACUACUUGGAGAUGCAUGUACUCUUGUGCAUGUUAUUUCAUCAUCCAAAGUGAAUGUUAAAGUUCUGGGAUCCCUUAUCGGUCAGAAUGUAAGCAAACAAAUGCUGAAGAAAAGCGAGCUCCUCAGUUUGGGAGGAAGGUGUUAUGGCAGAGCAUUAAAACUGAUGUCCUUACCUAACACAUGGUGUGAUCUUGGAAUAAACUACUAUCGUCAAGCUCAGCACCUAACAGCAGCUGGUAGUGACAUGAAUGAGAUCAGCGAACUGUUAGAGAAAUCUUUACAGUGUCUCAAAAAAGCCGUGAGGCUUGAUAAUAAAAACCAUCUCUAUUGGAAUGCGCUUGGUGUGGUUGCCUGUUGCAGUGGUGUUGGGAAUUAUGCUCUUGCUCAACAUUCAUUCAUCAAAUCUGUGCAAGCUGAACAAAUAAAUGUUGUUGCGUGGACCAACUUGGGUGUUUUGUACUUAGCAACUGAAAACAUUCAGCAAGCUCAUGAGGCCUUCAAAGUAGCUCAGUCUCUUGAGCCAUCUUACUUAAUGUGCUGGAUUGGACAGGCUCUUAUUGCAGAGACUGUAGGAAGCUAUGAAACUAUGGAUCUCUUUAGGCACACCACUGAACUCAGUAUGCAUACUGAGGGAGCAAAAGGCUAUGCUUAUUGGGUAUGCUCAACGCUUCAAGAUAAAACCAACAGGGAAACGGAGCUGUAUCGGUACAACAUUGUUCAGAUGAAUGCUAUUCCAGCAGCGCAUGUGGUUUUGAGCAAAUACACAGAAAGAAUUCAAAAGGAUGCAUCUGCUUUCAUGAUGCUGGGUUAUUUGAAUGAAUAUCUGCAACUGAAAAAGCAGGCAACAGAUGCUUAUCAAAGGGCGGUCUCAUUGCUGAAGAACUCUGAAGAUAAAGAGAAGUAUAACAUAGCAAUGCAAAAUUAUGGUAGAUCACUCUGUGCUAUAGGUCAGUAUGACAAGGCCAUCCAGGCUUAUAUGUCCACUCCUCUCACAGAGUUAGAUGGCAUCAUAGGAGUUGCACUAGCUUAUUUCAGGAAAGGGCUUUUACAAGACAGCAUUAAAGCGUAUGAGAGAGCCCUGUCUCUUGCUGAAUCUGAGCAAGACAAAGCCCAUAUCUUGACAGCCCUUGCAAUAAUUGAAUACAAACAGAAUAAAGUGGAUCCGGCAAAGACAUUGCUGUUUAAAUGCUCUCUAUUAAAGGAACCUAUUACAGAAAGUCUGCAGGCUCUGUGCACUCUAGGUCUGAUAAAACAGGAUGUUACACUUGCAACAGCAGCACUUAAAGAAUUACUGAAGCACACAGAAAGGAAGGAUAAUGUUUAUGAGAGAUGCCUUAUUACAGCUGCUGUGUAUGCACUGCAAGGUAGAAAUGUGGGAGUGCAGAGGCAAGCUUCCAAAGCAAUCCAUAGUAACCCAGAUGAUCACGCCCUUUGGUCUCUUCUGUCUCGACUCGUUCCUGUGUAUACACCCCAAAAUGCAAAAGGUGGAGCUGUGGCAGGAAAUGUUGCUCAUAUACUUGAUUUAAACCACGGAGAGAAAGCCCUGCUACAUACUGCAGUAAAUCAGUUGGCGGUGGGAUGUCAUUCAGCUGAAGACAAGAAAAACAAUGCACUGAAGGAUAUUCAAAAGGCAGUCCAUCUUUUUCCAGAUGAUCCUGCUGCAUGGGCAGUAUUAAUGGGUGCUUGUCAUGCUGAAAAUACUCUUGUCUGUUUGAACAACACGCAGCCUAAGAGAACAGACUUAGAAAUGACACUUGUGGCCACAGUUUCAGCUAAAACUAAAGAAAAGGACCUUUCUGCUAAGUACAUUCAGGCUCUUGAAGACUGGUCUCUUUGUCAGGCCGUUACUGGCUUAAAAGAGGCUGGAAGAAUUACAGAAGCUGAGGCUCUCUGCACAAAGGGUUUAAAAAGUUGCCCCGACCAGCCAGAUCUUUUCUUGCUUUUGAGACAAGUUCAAUGUAAACAGCUUUUUCAGUCACACAAAGAGCUUCCAGAUGCCAUCUUGGAGGAACUUCAUAAAACUGUCAUGUCCUCCAACUUCACUUCAGUAACAGCGUGGCAUUGGCUGGCAAAAGUGUACCAGUCUCAAAGAAUGAUGGUCGCAGCAGAGAUGUGUUACAGAAAGAGUCUACAGUUAGCAUCCCAGCACGGCAACUGGAAUGGGAAGUUAUCAAGUUUGCUCAGGCUAGCUUUGCUUGCACUGGAAAUCUGCAUGGCUAAUAUUUCAAAUGAUCAUUGGCCAUCCUUGGUUCAGGAGGCAACAACUGAAGCCUUGAAACUUUCCUUCUGCCCACUGGCUGUUCUUCUGCAAGCGCUGCUACAGUACAAUCACAAAAUGGGAGCCAGGUAUGUCUUCUCUAAUACAAUGUACCCCACACAAACAAUAUGCCCUGAAACCAUAGUAUCAGUUGCACGCUGGUACCUCCUAAGACAUUUAUAUGCCAAAGAUGAUUAUGAAUUAAUAGAUGCGCUUGUAGCAAAUGCCAAAGUUAAUGGAGAUACUAGAGCUCUGGACCUAGACAAGAAAUUAUCAGCAUCUGCCUAGCAUGGAUUUCUUUCAAUAGGCAACCGGAAGAAAUUGAUUAAACUUAAUUCACAUCACCCCCCGGCAUAUCCGUUUAAGUGAAAAUCGUUUUUUGUUAGACAAAAGCAAAUUGCUUUAAUUUUUUUUCAGAUGGCCACUGCCAUCAUUUUCCUAUAUUUAGACAAAACUCAUUUAAUUUAACUUGUAUUUUUCCUCACUGAUAAAUAUAUGUUGUGCUGCUGCAACAGAAAGUCCCUCCUUCUUUUCCCCCGUUGGAGUUUACAGCAUGUUCCUGCUCUUCACAUGGGCAGUGAUUGUUAUUUUACACUUGCAAUAGUGUACAGUAGAACAAGUUCCUACUAUAUGAAACAAAGCCUUAAAUCGUCAAGAGUAUGCAAAUUCACAUUUAAGUUAUUCCUGACUGUUGUAACUCGCAAAAAUCUAAGCUUUCUAUAAUGUUCAUUAUAUUACAGUUGGGACUCUCAUACAUCUGCAACUCCAUCUGUAGAGGUGGGAAUAAAAAAAAAAUUGUCUGCAUCCUAACCUAUUGCAGAGUUGAGAACCAGAUUUCCACAGUAUACUCUGGAAAGGAAAAUAUCAAUAAGUAACAAUGAGAUUUUGCACAAUGAUCUGGUCUAUGGUAUAUAUUUAUAAAUAUGUAUGGCAAUUUGUAUUUAUUAUUUUUUUGGUACUCCUGCUGUUGACUUCUCAUUUGGAUUAAUCAUGAUAACUAUUCUUGACACAUGAUGCAAUUCUGUCGUGUACUUACAUAUAAUUAAAAAUGCAAUGAA